CGAACUGGAGGCACCCCUUUCCCCUCCCCCUCCAGCAUCCUUGCUGGCCCUACACUCGGAUCCCUGCCAAGGACGGCGUUCCCCAAAGCUCAGUUGGACUGAUAGAUCCCUAGGUGUUUGGUACGAGUAUAGCUGAUGGACUGAUUUCCCCCACUUCCUUUUCUACCUGAUCCGAGACACUUGUGGUGUUUUGCAAUUCUUAUAACAAUGCACAUGCCCGUAUAUCCUGCCUAGUCCUGCGCAUCUAGCUUUUUCCGUCGGAGCCAAGGCCAUCAGGGUGUCUUUGAUUGAAAUAGAAGCUUUUCAUGUAUGUUGCGUGUUCAACCCUUGAAUUUGGAGAGGGACAGCUAUUGCAACAUCUUGUCAGUCUAUGUCAUAUCAUCCAAGAGGUGUGGGAUAGACUUGACCGACCUCGGUGACCUUCUUGACGCUUUUGGCGCUGAUCCCUCUCUCUCCAGCUUGCUUUGCAUUGAUUCCAGCUUCUUUCAUCAACCUGCCUCUCCCAUCAGUAUUCUAGACUUCCUCCAGGACGAUAGCCUUUCCGCAGCAACUCACGUUUGCAGAAACAGAGCGUAAUCGAGAAAUAUCUAGAUUGCCGUUAGCAUACCGUGCAGUGCAUCGCAUACAACCACGACGCGUCUCGCCCGUGUUAGGCUUACCAAAACAUCGACAUUUUUGGUCACAUUGCGCUUCGAGUGGGCUUUGACGAUCUUUUUGACCGUGGCCCGAGGAUAUAACUUUUGCCCGGCUGCCAUUGUCGUGGAGAUAGUGCGCGGCGUUUCUUGCAGAAGUGGUUGUGGUACGUGUUAUUGUUGAGCCCUGAGCUUCAGCCUCCCGUUCCCACAUUUCAGAGGUCAAGACUCAAGCAGCCAAUCGCCCUACAAGGCUGCCAGGUCCUCGCUGCGAGGGUUGACCAAUCGGGAAGCUCAUCGGAUACGGAGUUCGGCGUUCGAAUCCCGAUCAGGUAGCUGCUGCCACGGCUGCUAAACGACAUCGCAAUGUACCCCUCCAUGUGCCCCUCUCUCCCCUCAUCCACGAGGACGGUGUGUGCAACGCUUCUUUCUGCCGGUAGACUCAAUCCUCGUACAUCCUCUAGGCUCUUCUCUCUGUCUGCCAGGUCUCUUUACCCUUCCUGUUUGGAAACUACAAAAGGCAGCCCGCAGAACCGCAAUUUUGUUGUUCCCAAACGCACUUCUAUCCGCUGCUCCAGCCAACCCCCACCAAAUCGAUUCAUCCUCUCUCCCUUCCACACCCAUAACGCUCGAUAUCUUGCAAAAAUGCCUCCCUCAGACGUCUUGGACCGGGAUAUUCUUCCAGACAAUCUUAAAGCAAUCAAUUAUGCCAUUUCCAUCUACGACAUUGAAUUGGGCGGUAAUUUCACUUACCAAGGCACCGUUAGCAUUCUCUCCAACAUCACCAAGCCAUCCAAGGAAAUUACUUUGAACACCCACCAACUCAAGAUCCACAGUGCAGAGUUGAACUUGGGAGAAAAGUCAAUUAAAUCUACUGGCACUUCGUAUGAUACUUCAAAGCAACGUGCAACUCUAUCCUUCUCUGAUGACUUACCUGUUUCUGACAAAGCUCUUCUGAUCAUCAAGUUCGAAGGAAUUAUUAACAAUGAUAUGGCUGGCUUCUAUCGUUCGAAAUACAAGCCAGUCGUACCACCGGCUCCUUCUGUACCAAAAGAUGGUGAUGAACAUGUCAUGUUCUCAACGCAAUUCGAGAGUUGUGAUGCUCGUAGAGCCUUCCCUUGUUUUGAUGAGCCGAAUCUUAAGGCCACCUUCGACUUUGAGAUUGAGUUGCCAGAAGAUCAGGUGGCGCUGAGCAACAUGCCUGAGAAGAGCACCAAGAAGUCUAAGGAUGGGUUCAAGGUGGUUUCUUUCGACAGAACCCCGGUUAUGAGCACCUAUCUUCUUACUUGGGCUGUGGGUGAUUUUGAAUACAUUGAAGAUUUCACAAAACGCAAAUACAAUGGAAAGAAUCUUCCAGUUCGUGUUUACACCACCAGAGGUUUGAAGAGCCAAGCUCAAUACGCGCUGGACCAUGCUCCGCAGAUCAUUGAUUACUUCUCCGAUGUCUUCGAUAUCGAAUAUCCUCUACCAAAGUCAGAUCUGCUUGCUGUUCAUGAAUUUGUAUGUCUCCACUUUCUUACAUGUUACCACCGCUAGUACUACUUGCUCGGUCUUGUUCAAAGGCGGAAGAGUGGGGAGAAUGACUUUAACAUCAAAUUUUCAUACUCACUUGCUUUUGCCUGGAUAUCCACGAUCCAUUGAUAUGAGAAGCCCAAAACAUCGGGGAACGGCGAUUAGCCGACGCGUCAUCUCAAGUCAAUUUUCAUGUAUCUUGUCACCACAAGAGCACCUUUAUUAAGCGAACUAUCAAUUUCAAAUAUUUUGCUAACAUCAUGUUUUCAGUCACACGGAGCAAUGGGUUAGUCCACCAAUCUUCCUUGAGCCAAAAACCUAGGUAGUUGCAAUGUUUGCUGAGAACAAGUGCUAAUAUGAUAAUAGAGGGUUGGGGUCUUGUUACCUAUAGAACCACAGCUGUAUUAUUCGAUGAAAAAACCUCAGAUGCGAAAUUCAAGAAUCGCAUUGCAUAUGUUGUUGCUCAUGAACUGGCUCACCAGUGGUUCGGUAACUUGGUCACCAUGGAUUGGUGGAGUGAACUUUGGCUCAAUGAAGGCUUUGCAACUUGGGUAGGUUGGUUGGCGACAGAUAAGAUCCAUCCGGAAUGGAAUGUCUGGUCUCAAUUCGCUUCAGAAGGCAUGCAAACCGCAUUUACUCUCGAUUCCCUUCGAAGUUCGCAUCCGAUUGAAGUGCCGGUCCGGGACGGCUUAGAUGUAGAUCAAAUAUUUGAUGCCAUCAGUUACCUGAAAGGAAGCUCGAUGAUUAGGAUGUUGGCGACACAUCUCGGUCAGGAAACCUUCCUCAAAGGUGUUUCCAACUACCUGAAAUCGCAUUCUUAUGGAAAUGCAACAACAAAUGAUCUCUGGUCCGCUCUUAGUGAAGCCUCUGGUCAAGACGUAAACUCUCUGAUUGACAACUGGAUUCGAAAGAUUGGCUUUCCUGUCAUCACCGUCGCCGAGGAACCCGGCCAAAUCAGUAUCAAGCAAUCUCGCUACCUAUCAACUGGGGAUGUCAAGGCAGAGGAAGAUACCACGACAUGGUGGGUUCCACUUGGAUUGGAAGGCAAGACAGGAGUCAAAGGUGCUUCUUCUAUUGGCUUUACUAAGAAGGAGGAUACCAUUCGGGACAUUGAUGACUCUUUCUACAAGAUCAACAAAGACAAUGCCGGAUUCUACCGAACCAAUUACCCUCCUGCUAGAUUGGCAAAACUCGGUACUCAAGUUGAUCGUCUCAGUGAUCUUGACAAAAUUGGUAAGACUAUUCCCGCCUGUAACCGGAAAUGAUUACAAUUUUCUAGGUCUAAUCGGUGAUGCUGGUGCGUUGGCUCUGAGUGGCCAGGCUACCACCCCAGGACUUUUAGCCUUCGUCGAGGGUCUGCAAUCAGAGACUAAUUACUUGGUCUGGUCACAAAUCCUUGGCUCCUUAGCAACUGUCAAGUCUGUCUUUUCCGAGAAUACUGAGAUAGCAGAUGGCUUGAAGAAGUUUACCUUGAAGUUAAUCACCCCAGCUGUGGAGAAGAUUGGCUACGAGACAAAACCAAAUGACGAUUUCCUCACUUCCCAACUUCGUUCUCUCCUGUUAUUGACCGCCGGUUUGAGCGGCCACGAACAGUAGGCCAACGAUAUUCCUUUCGGUAUGCAAAAGCUAAUAGAUAAUAGAACCAUCACGGAUUCCACGAAGCGAUUUGAGCUCUACACAAGCGGUAAAGAUACAUCCGCGAUCCAUCCUAACCUCCGUUCCGCCAUCUUCGGGAUCAACGUCCGCCUAGGCGGCGCAACAGAAUACCACGCCCUCAAGAAAGAAUGGCGCGAAACCCCCUCAGUCGAUGGGAAAGAGAUCGCGCUCCAAGCCAUGGGACGUAUUCAAGAUAUCUCUCUCCUCCCCGACUACCUCGACUUCCUCUUCAACGAAAUCGCCAGCCAGGACAAACACACAGCCGGUAUGGCACUAGCUGCUAAUCCCAAAACACGCGCCGCGUUCUGGAAAUAUAUCCAAGAGAACUUUGAGGACAUCUACAAGAGUAUGAGUAAGAACAUGGUCGUCCUUGAUCGCUUCUUGAAGGUUAGCUUGAGUAAGUUCUCUGAGCGGGAGAAGGCGGAAGAGGUGCAGAAGUUCUUUGAGGGCAGGGAUAAUAGGGGUUACGAUCGCACGCUUGGGGUUAUCAAUGAUAGUAUCUUGAUGAGAGCCUGUUAUCGGGAGAGGGAUGGGGAGGUGAUUUUGGAGUGGUUGAAGAGUCAUGGGUAUGCCUAGACUUGGGGGUGUGUAGAAGGGCUGGGAGGUAGAGAGGUGUAUGGGGAUAAAAGUACCUUCGUAGGGAAUGAAUAGUAUAAAAUUGAGUUG